CAGCCCGUGCUGCCCCGUCUGUGCGCCCGCGGCCCCGCACACCCAGCGCCGGCACCGGCACGAGCUCCCCGCGCCAGAGCCCUGGCGCUGCACGUCCAGGGCUGCGCUGCCGGGCGGUCGGCACCCGCCUGCGGGAGCUGUGCCCAGGCCGCAGCCGGUGGAGCUGGACUAGGUCCUGGCCGUCCUGCCCCAGGAGAUGAGUGGGGACGUGGCGUGGAGACCUGCACCGAGGCGGUGGCCCUGUCAGACGGGCCUCGGCUGGGGCAGCUGCGGGCAGGGAAGCUUCUUGUCCGACAAUGUCGUUCUCUUCCCUACCCGCAGGUGCAGAGACCAUGAGCAGAGCUCAUCAGCCGCCUCCCGAAGAAAGGCCUGCAAACCUGGAGCUGCCCAGGACUCCCCCAGGGAGGCUGGGGGAGAGCAUGGAGCUCCGGGAGGCCUUUGAGGACGUGGCUGUGUAUUUCGCGUGGGAGGAGUGGGAGCUGUUGGAAGAUGCAGACAAGGGGCUUUACUGUGACCAGAUGCUGAGGAACUUUCAAGCCCUCGUUUCCCUGGGAUAUCAAGGCCCCACACCCGACUUAAUCAGCUGCAUCCAGCGAGGACAGGAGGAGCUCUGGGUCUGUGGUGAUGAGGAACAUGGGAAAAUUUCAAGCUCUGCGGACCUGUGGCUAGGAGGUGCCUGGCUGCUGAGCAGAGCAGAGGAAGGGCCUGCAACUCUGGAGUCACCCGGGAUUACCCCAGGGAGUUUGGGCAAGACGGAGUCCGUGAGACUCGAGGAGAAACGAUGGCUCCAGAGCCAGGGGAAGUCCCAAAAGCAGGAGGAGAAUGUAGCAGUGACCCAGAUGCGAUCUCUCCUUGGGGGUGAGAGUGAAGAAGGAACAGAAGCCAGACGGAGCCCUGGGCGCAGGGAAGGAUUUGUGGAGCUGAAGAGCCAUGAAGCCAAGUUCCUCUGGAGAGAGACCCCGAAUCUAAGGCGAGCCAGCAGGAAGGGCCUCAGAGGGCAGCAGGAGCUUCCCACCACGCCCAGGGGCAGAGGCCGCCCCUGCCCUGAGUUCUGGAAAAGCUUUAGGUUCCUCUCACUCCUGGCUCUGCACAAGAUAAGCUACACUGGGGCAAAGCGCCACCUAUGCGUCAGGUGUGGGAAGGGCUUCACGUGUGGCUUCGCCCAAGCUGCUCAUUGCCAGAUCAAUUCUGGAGAGCUCCCGCACCACUUAACCAGAUUUGGGAGGAGCUUUGUGUGCCUCUCAGAAGUAAGAAAGCACCAAGAUGUGCACAGGGGAAACUGUCAGUACCGUUGUGUCACGUGUGGCAAGACCUUCACUCAUUUCUUCUCCCUAGCUCAGCACUGGCACAUUCACGCGAGGGAUAAACAGCAUCGGUAUCCUGAGUGUGGGAGGCGUUUCAUACGUUCCACCAACCGAGCCAAACACCAGCGCAUCCGCACAGGGCAGAAGACACAUCACUGCUGUGUGUGUGGGAAGAGCUUCACCCAGUCUUCCCACUUGUCCAAACACCAGUGCCUCCUUGCAGGGAAGAAACCACACCAGUGCUCUGUGUGUGGAAAGAGUGUCUGUGAAUUCUCCCACCUGACCAAACACCAGCACAUCCACACAGGGGAGAAGCCACAUCAAUGCUCUCAGUGUGGGAAGAGCUUUACCCGCUCCUCCAGCCUAGCUUACCAUCAGCGCAUCCACACAGGGGAGAAGCCACAUCAAUGCUCUCAGUGUGGGAAGAGCUUUACCCACUCCUCCAGCCUAGCCUACCAUCGGCGCAUCCACACAGGGGAGAAGCCACAUCAGUGCUGUCAGUGUGGGAAGAGCUUUACCCGCUCCUCCAACCUAGACUACCAUCAGCGCAUCCACACAGGGGAGAAGCCACAUCAAUGCUCUCAGUGUGGGAAGAGCUUUACCCACUCCUACAGCCUAGCCUCCCAUCAGCGCAUCCACACAGGGGAGAAGCCAUAUCAGUGCUCUGUGUGUGAGAAGAGCUUUACCCGCUCCUCCGGCUUGGCCGUGCACCGGCGCAUACACACAGGGGAGAAGCCACAUCAGUGCCUUGACUGUGGGAAGAGAUUCAGUGAAUCCUCCAGGCUGACCAAACACCAGCGCAUCCACACAGGGGAAAAGCCACAUCAGUGCUCUCAGUGUGGGAAGAGCUUUACCCACUCCUCCAGCCUGGCUAACCACCAGCGCAUCCACACAGGGGAGAAGCCAUAUCAGUGCUUUGACUGUGGAAAGAGAUUCAGUGAGUCCUCCAGGCUGAUCAAACACCAGCGCAUCCACACAGGGGAAAAGCCACAUCAGUGCUCUGAGUGUGGGAAGAGAUUCCGUGAAUUAUUCAAUCUGACUAUACACCAGCGCAUCCACACAGGGGAGAAGCCACAUCUAUGCUCUGUGUGUGGGAAGAGCUUUACCCACUCCUCCAGCCUGGUCAUGCACCAGCGCAUCCACACAGGGGAGAAGCCACAUCAGUGCUCUGUGUGUGGGAAGAGCUUUACCCACUCCUCUAGCCUGGCUAACCACCAGCGCAUCCACACAGGGGAGAAGCCAUAUCAGUGCUUUGACUGUGGGAAGAGAUUCAGUGAGUCCUCCAGCCUGACCAAACACAAGCGUAUCCACACAGGGGAAAAGCCACAUCAGUGCUCUGAAUGCGGGAAGAGCUUUGCCACUUCCAACAACCUGACCAUACACCGGCGCGUCCACACAGGAGAAAAGCCAUAUCACUGCUCUGACUGUGGGAAGAGCUUCCCCUGUUCCUCCAACCUAGCCACACACCGGCGCAUCCACACAGGGGAGAAGCCACAUCACUGCUCUGACUGUGGGAAGAGCUUCACCUGUUCCUCCAACCUAGCCACACACCAACGCAUCCACACGGAGAAGCCACAAAAGUGCUCCGGGUGUGGGAAGAGUUUCCGUGAAUUCUCCCACUUGACCAAACACCAGCGCAUCCACACGGGGGAGAAGCCGCAUAAAUGCUCUGAAUGUGGGAAGAGCUUCACCCAGUCCUCACACCUGGCUGUACACCAGUGCAUCCACAAACAAGAGAAGCCAUGUUAAUGUUCUGAAUGUGGAAAAAGAUUCAGCAAUUCCUUUAGCCUGACCAAACAGGACUGCAUCCCCACAGGGGAGAAGCCACAUAAGUGCUCUAAGUGUGGCAAGAGCUUCACCCAGUCUUACCACCUUGCCAUACAUCAACUCAUCCACACAGGGGAGAAGCCACAUAAGUGCGCUGAAUGUGGGAAGAGCUUCACCCAGUCCUCCCACCUGGCCUUACACCAGCGCAUCCACACAGGGGCGAAGCCACAUCAUUGCUCUGAGCGUGGGAAAAAAUUCAGUGAUUUCUCCAGACUGAGCAAACAAGUGCAUCUACAUACGGGAGAAGCCAAAUCAGUGGUCUGAAUGUGGGAAGAGGUUUACCUGUUCCUCCAACCUGGCCAUACUCUGGCGCAUCCACAGAGAGGAGAAGCCACAUCAGUGAUCUGUGUGGGGGAAGAGCUUCAUCCACACCUUCAGCCUGGCAUUCCACCAGCGCAUCCUCACAGGCUAAAAGCUACAUUAUUGCUUUGUGUGUGGGAAGAGCUUUGCCAUAUUCUCCCACCAAUCUGUCAGGUUUUGCUUCUCAGCCUCCCUCCAGAGUUAUGCAUGCCUUGGUACAUGUCACUCCCCUGCCCUCCUGCCCUUAGCUGCACUCUCUCUAAUCCAGUCUCUGAUCAGAAAGCUGUCGUACUGAACAUGGUAUCCCUGUGGCUGGGCUCUGUGUCCUCUCCUCAACUGAGAUGUGAAUUGAGAAGAGCCCAGAAGCCUUUCCAGGGCAGAUCUCUCUGAGUUCCCAGCCUUUUCCCUUUGCCAAGGGUUCACCACUGUCCAGGGCUUGUUGCAACACCUCAAUAAAAAGAGUUGGUUACACUGAA